UGUGUUCUUCCAAGCGGAUGACUUGAACAUGAAGUCUGAUCUGCACAGCAUUGAGUAGUGCACUGCACAGUACACAAACGGAUGAAUAUUGAAUUUGACUGAGUACCUACCCUGAGCCUAGUACAGUUAUAAUUCUAUUUUUGACUCAACGGUGAUGGCUUUGCUGUAAACAAUCAUUGUUUCUAACCCUAAAAUUUCAAUAAUGGUUGAGGAGAGCUUGAAUUCUUAUAACAAACCAAAAAAUAAAACUGCGCGGCCCCGUCCAGUUUACCUGUGGAAUGUCCUAGAUGUCCAGAAGUGGUUGCGGAGACACUGUAGCGAUUACUAUCAAUUGUAUCAUGAAAAGUUUCUGUAUCAUGAUAUAACUGGCAGAGCGCUUCUGAGGGUCAAUGAGAACAUUUUACUGCGAUUGGGAAUCAUGAAUGAGGAACAUAGAUCGGAUAUAUGGAGAGAAAUUAUGAAAUUACGAUUAAAAACGGACAUAUUGGAGAUUAGAGAUAUUGAACGUAGAAAUAAUACUAAUUAUGAUUGAGAUCGAGAUUAUGACGACAAUUAAUAUUAUUAUACUUACUGUUUAUCUUAUAGUCACUUUGUACCUUUCAUUGAUAUUGUAGAUCUAGGGAAUCACCAAACUGAUCAAUAUGAUUUCGAUGAAUGGAAAAUCGUUUCACACGUUAAAUUCCUACUUCACCGAUUUUCAUGUACAAAAUAAUAUAUUAAUUAGUAAAACAUAUUUUUUGUACCUAAUUGUUAAAUAAAAGUCGAUUUUAUUACUACCAUUGUUGAGUAUUUCAACUGAAAAUAUUACCAGGGAAUCAAAAUGUAAUUGAAACCACAUAAACGUAUUGCUUUAGACAUGUUCCUUUGAAAAAUUCUAAAUCAAACCUCCAUCGCAAUAAGGUGUAGUAAAUAACAAUUUACAGGCUCUUUAUAAAUGUACUAAGCAUUAUUAAUAUAAUACG